AUGUUGCUAUCGAGAAGAUCGCGACUUGUCAUCGGAGAGUACUUACCAGAUGAGCCUUCUGGUUUUGAUGCUAGGGGGGCUACGCUGAAGCAGCCGAACGUCUUUGAUCCCGAGACAGACAAUUUCCAUCUGACCCAGGAGAGAUCUGCCAUUCUGAUUGCAAUGAUAAAGAACAAACAAACCAACGUCUACCGACCGGUUUAUGAAUUGCCAAGAUGGGCUCUGGAUCGCUGGCUCUAUGGGAGAACACUACAUCACAAGUUCUACUUCUAUUCUGAGUUUCUCGAGAACGUCACCGACGGUGUGACCGACAAAAAAGUUCGAUACAAUACAAUCACGAAUACUAUCAAAGCCAAGGUGGAUGAAAUUUUCGCCGCUCGCCAGUAA